GACCCGAGUUCUUAUUCAUCAUUUCGGCCCGCCAAUUUCUGUUUCAUCCACGUCCAUCGAACCGUCAGACGAUCGUCUCGAGAAUUUCUUUUUUCUUCUCUUUCUCCGGCGACCGCCGGCAAUCCCUUUCUCAGACAGGAUACUGCGCUAACUAUUGAAAAAAUGGAGGACAUGUUGGUAGCGAUUCUGUCGAUGCUUCUGGUUUUAGCAUUAGUUCCACUUUAUCUGUGGAGGCGCCGCCAAAAUUUUGAGUCUUCCAGGGAACAUGAAGAUGAAGCUCAGGUUGAGCAGAGGGAAGCUGUAAUAAGAGCCACUGGUACGCGUCGAAUGCGUCGAAGACCAGCUUCUUCAGCUGCUAGCACAUCUUCGGCUGCAGCCACUAUAGAUGAACUGGGUGAUGACAGUGAUGAUGAAGCUGCUGGAGAUGGAUAUUAUACUGCAAAAUCAUCAAAGAAAAAGGAAAAGAAACGUCAAGAGCGGGAAGCACAAAGACAGGCUGAAGAAGCUUCUCGGGAAUCGAAACAAACAAAGCAAAGUCGCUAUGACGAAAUCAGAAGGAGAAAGGAGGAGGAGCGUGAAGCUAAAGAGCGUGCACUGGAAGAAGAAGCCAAGGCUCGACAGGCCAAAGAGGAAGAAGCUGCUGCUUUAGAGUUUGAGAAAUGGAAAGGUGAAAUUUCAGUUGAUGCUGAAGGAACAACUGAAAAUGAGAUACAAGAUGGAAGCCAGGGUCUGCUUUUUGAUUUUGUCGAAUACAUUAAGAAACAUAAAUGUGUGCCAUUGGAGGAUCUUGCUGCAGAAUUCAAGCUAAGAACUCAGGAGUGUAUCAAUCGGAUCAACUCUCUGGAAGAAAUGGGGCGACUCUCUGGUGUCAUGGAUGACAGAGGGAAAUAUAUAUAUAUCUCAUUAGAAGAAAUGAAAGCCGUGGCUGACUAUAUUAGACGUGAAGGUAGGGUCAGUAUCUCACACCUAGCUAGCAAGUCUAAUCAAUUCAUAGACUUGGAACCAAAAGUAGAGUUGGUUGAGGAUAUAGGCAGCAUCGAGGAAGCCACUGUUGCCUGAUCUUAAUAUACGUUUCUUUCUCCUUCCUUUCUCCCUUUUCUGUCUCUUCAAUUCCAGGUAAAUGGUGGUUAAUAAAUUCCGAACUUGAGGAUUCCAAGACACUUCCUGAAAAUUUGCUGCUCAGAAAGCUUUGUCAUUGGCGGGGUAUAACCACCUCUUGUUUGCGAGUAUAUUGUUGGGGCUUCUCCUAUGGAUGUAUAUAAGUAGAUAAUUAGUUUACUAAAAGGACUUUUUUGGCAAUCUCCUCCCAGCCGGGCUAAGUUUUGAAGAACAAUUUGACCUAUAGUAGCAAAUCAAACAUGUCAUGGAACUAUGUCUACAAUUUUAGAGACCCGGUUGGGAAAGUAGGGUCUUUUUCUUAUUUUUUAAUUAAAAAUAACAACUAUUUCUUAAUAUAGACUAUAAUUUAUUUAAGAAA